AUGGCGGCGGGAGUACUGUGCAUGACUUUUCUCGUAUUGCCGUCCCUGGUAUCUUGUGGGUGCUUUAGUAACCUGAAGGACGAUAGCGACAGAGAACUGAAGAAAGCCGCAACCUUCAACAAAUUGAAUGAACGUCUAACGAAGAGUUUUCGGAAAUAUCAAAAAGUAGUAGAUUGGGUGUUGGUGGCCACCAUGAAGAUCGAGGAAUAUCUAAGGCUGAGAAAAGACUUCAAGCCAACUCUGGGUUAUGUGUAUGUUAUUGAUCGUCAAAAGAGCCAUGAGCAUAUAGAUGUGCUAUAUGACAGCCUGUCCAUUAUAAACAAACUUGAGAAUCUUUGUUUAAAUCUGAUCUCAUCAGUGGUAACGGACGAUUACUAUGGCCAUUAUUAG